AAAUCCCUCUGACUUCGUUCCUCCCGCCUCGCUUUCUCCUCUUCUUCCCCUCUCCCUCCCAGCUCUCUCAACCCUCUCGCCAUCAUCCCAGCCUUCUUCGGUUCCAGCCCACCUACGUACUCCGAAACCGCAUCCCCAAAAUGUCGCUUUGCCAGAACCGUCUGACGGAGGAGAGAAAGCAGUGGCGUCGAGACCACCCUUUUGGCUUCUACGCAAAGCCGCAUCGGACUCCUCAAGGAACGCUUGACCUCAAACGAUGGGAGUGCGGUAUCCCCGGCAAGGCGCAAACACUCUGGGAAGGCGGACUUUUCAAACUUGACGUUACCUUUCCCGAUGAAUACCCCACUAAGCCGCCGAAGUGCAAAUUCGUGCCUCCGCUUUUCCACCCUAACGUCUAUCCCUCCGGCACCGUGUGCCUCUCAAUCUUGAACGAGGAGGAGGCGUGGAAGCCCGCAAUCACAAUCAAGCAGAUUCUCCUGGGUAUUCAGGAUCUGCUAGAUGACCCCAACCCGGAGUCACCAGCCCAGGCUGAGGCAUACAACCUGUUUAAGAAGGACCGCCCAGCGUACGAGAAGCGAGUUAAACAGGUCGUGAGGGAGAACCCGGCCCUUUAAACAACGCCCCACGACGGCAUGACAAUUUAUUAUCCCACCACGAAGCUACUCUUCCGCCCGUCGUGUGUCUAUUUCCGUCCCCCCAACUUCAUCCCAGUUCUGCGAAUUUCACGGCGGGUAUGGCGGCUUAA